UCUCAACCUUGCGCCGGCUCUCCCCUUUUCUCUCUACGUGGCACCAUCCGGAGCCCGUCUCCCCCUUCCGAUUGGUCGACUGUCGUCACGUGACGGCGCUUUCCUCUAGAAUGUUUCUUUUUUUUUUUUUUUUCCGCCCAGGAAAAGCGCGAGGCUCCAGACGGCUUUCCGGCGCCAUUUCGCUGCAACUACGUGUGUGCGCGUCGGUGCAGGCGUCGCAAUAUUCAGCGUCGGCAGCAGCCUUCGAGAGCGCGUCGUUCAAGACAGCGCGCCUGCCUGUUUAUAGCGUUUUUCGUGAGUUGCUGUACCGAGGCUUGUCGUAAUCGCUUCACUGAGGAAAAAAGCUUUUUUUCCUUGCCGUCGGGCAAGCGUGAUGUGGAGCGAAGAAAGGUUCGGCUGCAUCGGAUCGGCCGCCGAAACUUCGACGGAUUAUUGUCGGCGCGUCUUUGUGAGAUCUAUCUCAUUCCACGUUUAGGAUCAUUUCUCGAAGGACCCAUUCGAGCCUUUGAUUCUGAGCAAGUUCGGGGAAAAAGACAAGCCGAAGCCAGACGCUGUACCCAGCAUUUUCAUUCACGGAAAACUGGCAAUGCCCACAGAGACUCCUGUGUCGCCCAGCAGUUGUACUAAUGAUGACCUGCCUGGCAGCUACUCGAACGGUUCACAGUGUUCUACAGAAGAUGUAGGUGUGGGGGUCCUUGUGACUGCGCCGGCUGGGGUUGAAUCCGCCGCUCCCUAUCGUGAUGCCAACUACUCUUUUUUGCAUUCUACACAAGGCAUUCAGCUGUCCCCGGUGGCCACAUCUGCAGCCACUCUGCACGCAAACGAAGGUCAUACAGAAUCUUACUCAUCAACGAGGAACGAAGUUUUGGUUCUCGACGCCUCGCAAGAGGGCCAAGCCGGUUCUCCGGAAGCCAUCGCUGCUCUGUGGAGGCGCAUAAGCGAGCUCGAAGAUCGGCUGGAAAGCGCGCGGCGCAGGUUAUCGCUCGCACAGCGCGGCAAGAACCAAGUGACGCAAAAGUACGAGAGGCUCAAGAAGCAAGUCGGUCACUUUCUGGCGCCCGAUCAGCUGGACGGCAUGGGAAAGGCGAGCAUGAGGGGCACCAAGUGGACGGACGCCACCAUACGAAAGGCGCUGAAAGUGCGACUGGCGUGCGGAUCGCGCGGCUACAGCGUUGUGAAAGAAAUCGUCGCCCCGCUGCCCACGGAACGGACGCUACAGAGGCACCUGGAGCAGCUCAGAUCUUCGCCGGGUGCACUGCAAGAACUUCUGCUUACCCUCUCCGACGAGGUGAACCACGUGCAGGACCAUGAAGACCACACUGGCAUCAUGGACGAAGUUCAGCUGCCGCCUGCCCCACGGCAGGCGUCAGCUCUUGACUUAACAACUGGAUCAAUACUUGGCAUACCAACUGUUUCGUUAGCGGACACUCCUAGAUGACAGCAUUGCUAAACAUGACCUCGUUCUUACAUUUGGCGGCGUAACAGUUCAAAGGUAGUAUGUCAUAGCUUCCGCAUUUCAUUGAAAAUUACUUCAGUGACACACUGGUUAACUAGAUUCCCAUUUCAAUACUGAAGAAUAGGAAUAAAUUGGGGUGAAAGUGGACGCAGUACUUAUCGGACAUAAGAGGCGGGAAUAAGGCCUUUGGAAAGAAUUCCAAAUUGCUGGAGGCAAAUACCGUUGGCAUUCUAAUUUUUGUCCUCACACUUGUGAUUUAAAUCGAAAGUUUAUGGCAGACGUUGCGCAUCUUCUAAAAGACGAUCAAGUAAUUGCUGCCGCAAUAAUUGUCACAUCAGGGAACGGCGCAUGGCACUGGGCUACACUUGAGCCAUACCGGCUUGGACAUGGUGUUAUUCUUGGCUUUCGAAGUGCUUUCUUGCGUAUUCUUUUCGUUUUUGUUGCUUUGUUUGUGUGUGGCAUGUAGUAUUGAUGUGCUUGGAGAUAUGUAAAUAAGAAUGAUUGAAAAUCGGCGA